UAUACGGUCCAGGGCUCAGAGUGGCUUUGUGUGUCGGCAAGUUCCAGUGAAGGAGACCAAAAAAGCAAUUUGUCUCGAGUUUUUACGGAGGUUGUCCCACCUGUUAUAAAGUUCCAAAUCUCAAAGGAUGAAAAUGGUAAUAAGAUGGUCAAUGAAUAUAUCCACCAGCGCAAGAUUGGGUCUGGAAGCUAUGGCAAAGUGGUUCUGUACAAGAACAUGGAAGACGGGAAGCUCUAUGCAGUCAAGGUUUUGCACAAAUCGUAUAUGAAGAAAAUACAUGUAGCACCUUCAGAGACUGCCAUGAGUGAUGUUCUUCGUGAGGUAUCCAUCAUGAAAAUGUUGGAUCAUCCCAAUAUAGUAAAUCUUAUUGAGGUGAUUGAUGACCCAGAAAUAGAUAAAUUCUACAUGGUUUUGGAGUAUGUUGAGCAAAAGUUGGUAUGUAAUAAUGGUCUAGGAGAAACUUCUUCCAGAAAGUAUUUGCGGGACAUUAUCUCUGGUCUCAUGUACCUCCAUUCUCAUAACAUCAUUCACGGUGAUAUUAAGCCAGAUAAUAUCCUGAUCACGAUUAAUGGCAAUGUGAAGAUAGGGGAUUUUAGUGUUAGCCAAAUCUUCGAGGAUGAUGAUGAUACACUCCGGAGGUCUCCUGGUACUCCGGUUUUCACUGCACCAGAGUGCUGUCAAGGUCUAACCUAUCACGGUAGAGCUGCUGAUACAUGGGCUGUUGGUGUUACUCUGUACUGUAUGAUUUUGGGUCAAUACCCAUUUAUAGGUGAAACUUUGCAUGAAACUUAUGACAAGAUAGUGAAGGAUCCAGUGGAAAUUCCUGAUGGCAUGAAUCCCCAGCUGGUUGAUUUGCUGGAAAGACUUCUCUGCAAAGAGCCAGGGGAUCGGAUGACAUUGCAGGGCGCCGCUGAGCAUCCGUGGGUGGUCGGGGACGACGGCCCAAUUCCUGAAUACUGGUGUCGAUGUGGAUUUGGGCGUCGUAAACAGGGUCAACCGGUUCAGUCGCAGGCGUCUCAACAACAUAAUGCUGGUGGUGGCCAGUGACAGCAACAAGAUCGAUCCAGUGUGUAUCAAGUUCUGGUGUAUAUAUUAUUCCUACUCUUACUCCUAAAAGAUAGAGCUAUUGAGUUGCGGGCAAAAAUACGACAGAUGCAGACAUUGACGGUAGUGUAGCCAAAAGGCAAACUAAAGUUGGUGGUUUUCUCUCUCUUUCAUUAUACAGGCCUUUCACUGUGACAAUCCCUUCAUGGUAACGGAAACAGAAUUUUAUUA